AAUCAGGACCAGAACCCAAACAACUUUAAAAUCUAAAUUUAUGACUAAAGCUUAUUAUUUUUUUAUUAUUUGGUGUAUUUUAUUAUAAAAUAAAAUCGCAACAGCUACAAUAAAUGUGUGACAAUGUGGACUACUAAAACAUUUUUGACUAAAACAAAACGCGGUAAUGUCUUAAAGAUUGUAAGAGAACAUUACCUGCGUGACGAUUUAUUAUGCGGUUCAGCAGCUUGUAAUGUCUGCCCCCAUAAAGACGAUGAACUUGUUUUGGAAGAAAAUCCUGAAUCAUUAUGCGGCUUAUUUGACUCCAAUCAUUACCUGAUUCUCGAUACAAAUGUGGUACUACAUCAGAUAGAUGUCAUAGAAGAAGACGCUCUGAAGAAUGUUAUUAUCUUACAAACAGCUUUGGAAGAAGUUAAACAUCAGAAUACUGCUACAUUUCAAAGAUUGUUGGAAGUUAUAGGAAAUAAAAAGAGAAAAUUCUUUUCUUUUGUUAAUGAACAUCAUAAAGACACUUAUGUUGAACGAAACCCAGGAGAGAAGCAAAAUGACCGGAACGAUAGAGCUAUCCGUAAAGCAGCCUCUUGGUAUGCCUCACAUUUAUCCAUAAAGAAUAUUGAUGGACAGUUUCCACAAAUAGUACUUCUCACCGAUGAUGAGAAGAAUAGGCAACUUGCCCAUGCUGAAGGCAUUUUAACCUGCUCUGUAAGUGACUACAUAAAAAAUGUAAAUGGAUAUCCAGGUUUGAGUGAUAAGUUAUCAAAAAAUGUUAUACCAGAGAGUUGUUCGAAGGAUGCCCUCUAUCCUGCUCAUUUGACACCCACACAGAUUCAUGCUGGUAUCAGGAAUGGAAAAUUGCAUCAGGGUACUUUUCAUGCAUCAAGAGACAAUUACUUGGAAGGAAAUGCUACCAUUAGUGGUUGUGAAAAAUCUAUAUUGUUACAAGGCCACAUAGGUAUCAACAGAGCUAUUGAUGGAGAUAUAGUGGCUAUAGAAAUAUUACCACAAGAAGAAUGGAGCAAACCCAGUGAUAUUGUCCUAGAAGACAAAACAGAAGAUCCCGGUGACUUUCUAGAGGAAGAGUCUCAGUUGCUCACUAUAAGUAAAGCCGAUGAUGAUAUAACUCCAACUGGAAAGGUUGUAGGCAUUAUAAGAAGAAAAUGGCGGCAGUAUUGUGGAAUUUUACUGCCUAGCAAAUUUCCAGGAGCUACGCGUCACUUGUUCACGCCAGCUGAGAAACGCAUACCGCGCGUGCGCAUCGAGACCCGACAGAGCGACAUCCUCGCCUCGCAGCGCAUCCUGGUCGCGUUGGACUCAUGGCCGAGGAAUAGUCGGUAUCCAUUAGGACAUUUCGUCAGAUCUCUUGGACCUAUUGGCGAUAAGGACGCAGAAAACGAAGUGAUAUUGUUGGAGCACGAUGUUCCGCACGCCAGAUUCAGUGAAGCCGUGCUCGCCUGCUUGCCACCCGACAACUGGACCAUUCCAGAGGAGGAGCUGGCGCGGCGCGUGGACCUGCGCGCGACGUGCGUGUGCUCCGUGGACCCGCCCGGCUGCACCGACAUCGACGACGCGCUGCACGCGCGGCGCGCGGCGGGCGGCUACGAGGUGGGCGUGCACAUCGCCGACGUCACGCACUUCGUGCGGCCGCACAGCGCGCUCGACCGCGAGGCCGCCGCGCGCGCCACCACCGUCUACCUGGUGGACAAGCGGAUCGACAUGGUGCCCGAACUCCUGAGUUCGAACCUGUGUUCGUUGCGGGGCGGUGAAGAGAGGUUGGCGUUCUCGUGUAUCUGGACAUUGGAUGAAAACGCUCAUGUAUUGUCUACGAAGUUUCACAAGAGUGUGAUAAAGUCUCGUGCAGCGAUGACGUACGAGGAGGCACAAAUGGCGAUAGACGAGACUUCACGCAACGAUGAAAUAGCAACUUCUCUGCGCCUUUUGAAUAAAUUGGCGAAGAAACUGAAACAGAGAAGACUCGACAACGGCGCGCUACUGCUAGCGUCGCCUGAAAUACGUUUCCAAGUCGAUUCCGAGACACACGAGCCGCUGGAGGUGCAGGCGAAGCGCAUAGUGGACACGAACUCCAUGGUGGAGGAGUUCAUGUUGCUAGCCAACGUGAGCGUCGCAGAGCGGAUCGCAGCAGACUACCCGCAGAGCGCGCUCCUGCGGCGCCACCCCGCCCCGCCCCCCGCGCAAUUCAACGCCUUCCUCAAGGCCGCCAGCCGGCAGGGCUUCGAAUUGGAUGUAUCAACAAACAAAUCGUUCUCAAAAUCUUUGAAUGAAGCAGUCAUACCUGAGCGACCGUUUUUCAAUACAUUGCUACGAAUAAUGGCGACCCGUUGCAUGCAGCAAGCGGUUUACUUCUCAAGCGGUUCUAAAACUCAGGAGGAAUUCUACCAUUAUGGGCUCGCGUGUCCCAUAUAUACGCAUUUCACAUCACCCAUACGAAGGUACGCGGACGUGGUGGUGCACCGGCUGCUGGCGGGCAGCGUGGGCGCGGACGCCACGCACGCGGCGCUGCUGGACACGCGCGCGGCGCAGGCGCUGUGCGACAACCUCAACUACCGCCACCGCCACGCGCAGCUCGCCGCGCGCGCCUCCGUCGCGCUCAACACGCACAUUUUGUUUAAGAAUCGUGAAGAAGUUGAAUCAGCCGUUGUUCUUGCUGUGAAACGAAAUGCUCUUCAAGUAUUGAUCCCCAAGUAUGGACUCGAAGGUCCACUUUAUUUGCCGUCUGAUAAAUUUACAUACAAUGAAGAGGAGAAUGUUCAAAUUUGCAACGACAUCGUAUUCAAAACUUUCGAUGAACUAACAGUGAGGCUCACUCUGGACAGUUCGAACUUGCAGCACAGAAAACUAGUGUUCCAGCUCGUGACACCCUUUAUACCAGGUGUUAGUUAUGUACAACAGACCAAGGACGAUCAGAUGGAAGUCGAAAAUGUAGAAAUUAAAACCGACGAGAAGAAAAGAAAAGACUUGCCUGAAACUAAAAACAAGAAGAAGAAAAAGUCUAAGACAUAAUAUAGUUUUAGUGUGAUAAGAGUAAAUAAAAAAAAAAAU